UUCACUCACUGCAGUAUUAGUUAAGUGCAUGAAUACAUAUAUGUAGUUAAGAGUUAUUUUCGCCGUGAUUUUUCGCGCGUAAUUUUCAGCCGGUUGCUGUCGCCGUAGAAGACUGAUAUUCAUACAUAUGUUUAUGUAUUACCGCCGACUUGCAAAUGUAUGUAUCUCCAAGUGAUAAUCACCGUCAUUUUGCAUGUACAAAUUUCAGUCGGUCGUUGUCGCCGUAGACCUACUUAGAUAUAUAUGUAUGUAUGUACCCUGCAAAAAUCGCGACUAUUUCAGUGACUUGAAAAAUGGAUCGAAAUAUAUACAAUAUCACCAUCGUCACCAACAGCAACGCUAACACAUCUGGUCCCAGUACAACAUUGGAAAGUACAGUGGGAAAAGAUAAAUUGUGUCUUCUAGUUAAGAGCUAUGGGUGCCUUUAUGAUCCGAACGAUCCUUUUUUCAACAGUAAUAGAGAGAAGAUGAACGCUUGGGAGAGUAUCGCUAAUAAUCUGGGAAAGUCAGUAUCUGAGUGCAAAGAGUGCUGGAAAACGAUACGAACUGGCUACAAAAGAUACAUCGAAAAAUGCAAAGCCAAUCCAAAUAUCCAACCUUACUAUUUGGCUGAGCAUCUAACAUUUCUCGAACCAUUCGUAAGAAGAGAAGCUACAAAAGGAGAAGUACUAGUCAAGAAAAAUAUCCAAACAUGGCGCAAGCGUAAGCACUUAACCAGUACCACUGCGAUUACAAAUACGAAUGUAAAGACUAAGGGCUCAAUCAAGGACUACUUCAUUAUACCGCCAAAGCGCUCAUGUUUAGGGAAUACUGAAAUAGUAAACAACAAUAAAGAGUUAGACAACGCUCCAUCGACGUCAGCAGCAGCAACAGUAACUCGUUCAGAAGCAACAGAGCCACGAGCAGCAACAACAUUAGAAGCAGCGGCUAUAGCAACAACAGAGGCAACUAAGCUCCAAUUUAUAGCCAACCAUGAAAAUGUUAACAACAAUGAGCAGGACAAUUUUACGCCGAUUUCAGACGAAGAAUGGGCAGCAGCAGUUAGAGCAAUGGAAACAAUACAAACAAUAACAGAUUCACGAUCAGCAACAACAGCAAAAGACGCACCAGCAACAAAAAAAAGCAAAUAUCAGGAUAAUGAAAAUAAAAUUCAGUCUGAUGAUAAACGAUUUUUGGAAAACAUAUCGGAAGCAAUGAAAAAAAUGAAUGAUCGUUCGAAAA